AUGGCGCCUCAGCCGCACUCCAAUCUGGCACCCAACCUGUCCAUCCAGCCUUAUGAUCCCGCGCAAUACAUUCAAACCAACAUGACGGGCAAUCGGGUGUCUCGAAAGUGUCACAUCAUGGGCAGUUCAAACAUCAUCCUGGGCGGUAAAUGUGUUAUUCAUCAUCACGUCAUAGUCCGGGGAGAUUUGAAGAAAGCCGCUUCGGCUAUGCCUCCUUUGGCCGCUGAUGCCACCGAGGCUCAACAAAGGGCAGCGCAAAAAGGUUCGCAAAUUGUCGUCAGUAUAGGUAGGCAUUCAAUUCUCGGCGAAGGGUGCAUCAUUAGGCCGCCAUACAAAGCAUACAAAGGGUGAGCUGGGCGCGCAAAUUCCAAAGCUCGUUCACUUCUGCUGGCUCAUCAGGCAGCUUCCCCUUCUCAUACUAAACGCCCAGAGCCUUCUCGUACUACCCUAUCAAGAUUGGAGACCACGUCAUCAUUGGAGCGGGCAGCAUUUUGGAAGCGGCAGUGGUGGGCAGCUGCGUGGACAUCGGUCGCAAUGUGAUCAUCGGCAAGUUCGCAGUGAUCAAGGACGGUGUGAGGAUACUGGACAACAGCGUUCUGGCUCCAGGACAAGUUGUCAUUAGCGGUACAGUGUGGGGUGGCAGUCCAGGUGAGUCCCCUAGGCAAUCGUCCAGCUUGCGAAGCUCGAGGCAAAAGACGCAACGCGACCUGACUUCAGCCUAGUCUCGCAGCGAAAUGCCUCGGAGAGCUUUCAGAAAACUUCAUGGUCAUCCAUGAAGCAAGGACGAAGGACUAUUAUGCCCGCUUCAGACCAGGACCUGCAGCUGUCACCGAAAAAUAA